AUGCAUGGGAAAGGCAGCCGCGGAACCCCAUCCUCUCUCAUCAACCGACAAGACAAGGAGCACUUCUCUGGAUGGUUCAACGGAGAUUUCGGAUUCUUCCUCCCUUGCGUCCUCCGGCGUCGGACCUUCAUGCGUGUCUUUGGAGCAUGGCCUCCACUCGUGUCCCUAUCUCCCGUGGGCCCCACUUGCACUGAGAGAAAAAAUCGAGGAGAGGCUAUUCUCGCUGCUGACCCCUCGCGGCUAAUGGCUGCGAGAGAGGAACAGAUGGCGAUGCGCGGGCCGUCUCCUGGUGAUUUUGAAGGCGGAAGUUUCUCGGAUACGUGCAAGUCGUUCUCCGCUCUCGAAGAUGUGUCUCCUUCUCACGCCAAGGCGGAGGCUGUCCCAGAGAAAGCCUUCCUAGUGUGUUGUCCCGUCCCCGAUGCCGCAGGAGGUGGCGUGUCCUUUCUCACGCCUCGCCCCGGCCUGGCGGGGGACUCGCCCUCGACUACGGAAAGUGCAGGCUCGGUCUGGUCGCCUUCGACGCCGCCGACGAUGGAUUCGGAGUCGCCGGUGUACGGACCCCCCCACUCGCUCUUGCCGGGAGACUCUCACCAAAUGCUUCCUCCCACGGAUGCAGCAGAAACGCUCCCGCCAGCCUACGCUCCCCGCGAGUCCGGGGAGAUAUUUUUCCUCUCGCCUUCCUGCGGCCAGCGCGAAUGCACGCCUGCCGACGCGGCCACGGAGGAAGCCGCGGAGGAUCAGACGCCAGCGGCGGCCCGCCGGCGCCGGUGGGCGUCCUUCGAUGUGCAGGAUUCAGACACGGAUCUGUUCGAACCGGACGACUCGGACCAAGACGAAGACUUUGAUCUCGCCUCGAGCGCACGCGGCGAAGGAAGCCUCAGUCCCUUCGGCGCUCGGCACGGUGCGCGCGCGUGUGCGCGCUUUGCGUCUCGGAGAGCACCGAAGCGACCGGGCGAAGAACACAGUCUCGCGGUAACACGAGGGCGGGGAGCGACUCCUGAGGGCCGAUCGAGUGGGACAGGGGCGGUCGAGAAGGGGAAAAACGCGUCCGGAUCAGACAGAAGAGGCCGUGUGCGGGGCGGGCUCGAAGGCUACAAGGAGCAGUCGGGCAUGGAGGCCUGCCAAUCUUCCAGUCAGAGAGGAGGAAGUUCACGCCAGUCAGACGCCGCCCCGUGCUCUGCUUUCGCCAAUCACAAUCGCUUCGCUGCACUCAGCAACGGCGACGCCUCCGGUCGGGGCGAGCCCCCGCGACCCGCGAAAGGCGGCGUGCAUGCGGCCGAGGAGCAUCGGCCCAGAUCGCAGGGAGGACCUCGGGGCCGAGGACGCCAUCCAGGCAAAGGCAGCGAGGCGGGGCCGGACUCUGCGCGGGCAACUUCCCGGUCUGCUUCCGUGGCGAACAAGGGCUGGGAUGUGCGCGACACGCCUUUCAGCGGGCCAGGGGGCUCCGCUGGAAAAGCCAGCAGAGGCGAGAGUGCCGAGCGCGCGGAGCGCGCGCUGGGGACGCCUGUAGGCGCAGAAGGAUUUGAGCUCUUCAGAAACUCCCUGACGCUCCAGCUGCUCCAGGGCCGCGAUCAGGGGUUCCGCUUCGUUGGCGAGAGUGGCGAGCAUCUCGACCGCGCCGAGAGAAAACAGAACGGCGACUCAGAUGAAGGCUGGGUCAUCGCAGGCCGAAAAAGAAAACCCGUGGCAGAGACCGGCAGUCGACGAUCGGCAGGACGUGACGCGGAGGGAAAGGGAAAAGGGAAGCGCGACGAACGGCCGGCUGUGGAAUGGAUCGCCUGGCUCGAUCCGUGCUCCAGUGCGGCGAACACGACGAAUGUCGACUCGGCGCAUGCUGCUCAAAAAUCGACAGAUGCUGCGCGAUGCGGGCCAGGCCUCGAGGCUGCGAGUGCUGCUGAGACGUCUGCAGGGGAAGGACUGGAGAAAGGCGCCUGCUCGAAUGAACAGCGCGAAGAGAGCAAUGCGCAAGACCGUGACCGAAUUUCAGAGACGGCAGACGGACACGGGGAACCUGCCAGCCACGGCGGCAGUCGAAGAGAAGCAAAGGAAGAAAAAGGAAAGGCGUCAGGCAGCGGCUCUGGGAAAAAGUUGGAGGGAGGUGGGGGAGCGGUGUCGUGGAGCAAGCAACUUCAAGAGGAGUAUGAACAAGGCCUCGAGAGAGUGGGUAAAAUGUCCUCGUGGACGGCGGUGUCUCCGUUCCUCGCUUGGUGGCUGCCUGCGAGUGCAAGCCGAGGCAACCUCCACAAUUUGUGCUUCUUCAAGAACCCAGUAAAGCCUCUUUGGGAGCAUCCGGACAACAUCAAAGGCGGCCAUUUCGCUCUUCGACGGUUCGCGACCAAGGCAACUGUGCAGGAUAUGUUCCUCCUCCUCGCCAGCACAGUUUUGAAGGACGAGCAUCUAGGCGCGGUGCGGCACUGCAACGGCAUCGUCUUGUGUAUUCGGCAACACUGGCGGAAGCACAAAAUCGAGUUUUGGACGGCAUCGCUCGAGAAUGGAGUUCUCAGUCAGCAAGAGAGUCUGCUUCGCCGCCUUCUCAGUCAGUUACCAGGCAACGCAGGCCACGGCAUCGAGAUCGAGUUCAUCUCGCACCGCGAGGUUGUUCAGAGGAAUCAAAUGAAGUUGCUGCGAGCCCGCGGGAAGCUCUCCAAGACGGCAGGCGGGACUGGAAAACCGGUUCCUGCCGGCGCCUCCCACGCAGCGUCUUGGAGCGGCGUUUGCGCGCAGAAGCCGCUGCUUCCCCGCUCUUCCGUUCCAGGGUCCGCGGAGAUUCCUGCGCCGCCGCUCUUGCCUGAGGGGCCGUAUGCACCAGGCGCAAAGAAGAAGAGCUACGAGAAGCGCGGCAGCGGAAAGAAACACGGCGCAGGAUGGGAGCAAGGCGCUGGAGACUGUGGGGGAGGCUGUCAGAACGCUGAACGCGAGUCUGCGCUCCCGCUGCUUGGAGCGAAGAAGAGUGCGUGGGACGCCUCGAGUGCGCUAGAUGGCGAGAGGAGGAGUUGCACGUCGCCCCGCCACGGUGACGGCUCUGGACGCGAGCGGCGAGGGGAGCAUUUGAGUCCCCGCUCGCGCCACGUGUCAAGAAAGAAGGACAGCAAAGAGGCAGGCAGCCAGACGGAGAAAAAGAGACACGGCGCCUUCGGCGAGGGCGACGAAAAAGUGUCUCUCCCCGCGCCUGCGUCUCGGUCCGCGAGCGCCGCGGGAAAUCGCGGCUGUCCACUGCUGCCGGACGACGGCGGUUUGUGUGAUUCAGAGAAUCCAGACAGCUGUCCCCACGGGCAGGGUCCUUCGCCGGCGCUGGGCGAUCACACAGGCCGAGGAGACGCCCCGGGGGAGUCUGCAGCGCCCGCGUGGAGUGGGGACAGGCGCGUGCCGGGCGGGGCCCGGGGCCGUGGCUCGAACCCCAAGAGUGGCGACUUGCCGGCUCUGAUGCAGUCGCCGCCGCCUCUGCUGCCGAGCGACUCUCUCGCGUUUCCAGGACGCCUGCCUGUGUGGCAAGCGAGCGUUGGUUCUCCAGGUGCUCUUCCUCACGCGGGCAAACCCUGGGAAGAAGAUCUGUCGCUGCUGUACAGCGCGGAUUUCCACGAGGAGGGUGAGGAAGCGCGGCGCGGGAGCGGUGCCGGCCUGACUCAAUUUGGAGGUUCUGGGCAAGGUGAAGCGCUGUGCCCGCGCCAUCCGCUUUCUCAAUGUGGCCAGCCUGCGCCGGGGCGGCUGUCGACGUCUCCAGGUUCGACGACGUCCAGGACUCCGCCGGGGAACCCGUCGAGCACUUCGCCGUUGCUGCGGCCGAGUGUCGGGUACCCCCGUCAGGGGCCGCAGCCCCUUGGUCGCCGGGGAGUCGGCGCCUUCUCUCUGGGCUCGAGCUGGCCACGUGGCGCUCCUCAGUCUGGUUCGUACGCCGGCAAAGGCAGCGACGCCUGCGCGUCAGGAACUUCUCAGUCUGCAGGGUGUGCACCGUCGACCGCGUCCCGGUGUGGAGGCGACAGCGCGUUGCGAGCGGCUCUGUCUCGGCAUGUGGACGACGCUCCGACGUCCGUUCCGUCACACCUUUCGCGAGAAGACGCCCGGAGCGUCACCGGACCUAAAUCGGGCAAGACGCGCGUCGGGCAGCAGCCGGGGCAAAACGGACUGGGGCUGCGGAGAGGCGACGACGACCUCGGCGUUUUUCCUCGGGGGUCAGGGCGCGGCGCGUCCCGCGGGCCUUGGCGGACGUACUGCGCGAAUGACGAAGAACAGCGCAGACGCCUCGCGACAAAGAUGGUAGCGCGCAUCGACGUGAAAUCCAUUCCAGACUACUUCAGCAUGCAGCUGGCUGCCAAUCUGGGCGGCGCAUCCAUCGGCAGUGCCGCAGCCCUCCAUGGAGGCGUCGGAGGCUCAGGGAUCUCCGCUGCCGGCCUCACGACCGCGCCGUCCCCGCUGGGGAGCAGCUUUCUCGCUCUCCACGCUAGCGGGAGCGUCUCGACUUCGUCAACGCACGGCAGCGAGGCGGGGAACGACGCUUCGAGCGCGACGGGAGCGAGUGAGGCCGCGGGGCGGGCGCCGCUGUCGGAGGCAAGGUUCGGAACUGUGAGCGCGGCGCAUCCGUUUCCGCUUUUCCCAGGGGUCGGACUCCCAGGUGGAGUCCUUCCCGACGGCUUCUCUCCCCAGCUCCUCGCUUCGCCAUCCGUAGGCAGAGCUGUGGCGGCCGUUCUGCAAGUGCAGCAACUGCCAUUCUCUCCCGUCAUGCAGUCCGUCCAGCAACAACUCGGUUUGAUUCCGCCGAAGCCAGGUGCGCCGCAGGCUGUGGGACAGGCUGCCGGCGGGGUCCAGGGUGGAUUGGAGACCGGUGGCGCGCCUCUGCCCGACAGCUCGAGCUCGCGACGCUCCGCGUAUGAGGACUCUCUCCAGGACUUGUGUCUCCCUCCUUUACUGGGGAACUCUGCGUCACGGCAGACGUCUCCGCUGUCGUCUCCCUCUGCGGUCUCUUCCCAAGAUCUCCCGCACGUGGGUUCGACGACGGACCCGUUCAGACAGGAGGAAGUCGCUCAGUCGGCUCCAGAGAAAGGUCCGUUCUCAAAAAGGCCGUUCGCGUUCAAUCCCCUGGCCGCCGUCUUCCGGCCUUCCUGGGUGUCCGAGCGGUCCAGCAGUCAACGCCCCGGGGCGCCACAGGAGGGUGGCGUCGCCACUGCGUGCGCUGAUCCAAGAGACGAGAGCCUUGCGGAAGGGACCACGGGGGCAUCUGUCGACGAAGAGAAAGGCCAAGUAAGACGCUGCCGAGAAAGGUCUACGCCCAGCGAAGAGCCGAAAGACUACGUGGCUGGCAAGCACACAAUCGCAUCCGUCUGCCAUGCUUUGCCAGCAGCUGCUCAGGCUGUAGCGCCCGCCGUGUCUGCAGACAAGAGCGGACGAAACGAAGCCAUGGAGAGGCCAGAAGACAGGAGAGAGUGA